AUGGAGCCUGGAGCUCAGCUGCUGCUCUCCCUCUGCAUCUUCAGCUGCCUGCUGGCCCCAGCCCUGGCCAAGGUGUGGCCCCUGGCAGGCUGCCUGGCAGCUGAGGGCAGGGUGGCACAGAGGCUGCUGCAGGAUCUCUUCGCCAACUACUCCAGCGCCCUGCGCCCGGUGGAGGACACCGAGAGCGCCCUCAGGGUCAGCCUGCAGGUCAGCCUCUCGCACAUCAUCGACAUGGACGAGAGGAACCAGGUCCUCACCUCCUACCUGUGGGUGCGCCAGGCCUGGCAGGAUGCCCACCUGAGCUGGGACAAGGAGGCCUACGGUGGCAUUGCCAGCAUCAGGGUGCCCAGCAGCUACGUCUGGAGGCCUGACAUCAUCCUCUACAACAACGCCGCCGACCGCUUCGGCAGCUCGAUGGAGACCAACGUGGUGCUGAGCUCGGACGGGCGCAUCCAGUGGGACUCUCCUGCCAUCACCAAGAGCUCCUGCCGGGUGGACGUCUCCUACUUCCCCUUCGACGGCCAGAGCUGCCCUCUCACCUUCGGCUCCUGGACCUACAGCGGCCACCAGCUGGACCUCCGCCACCUGCCGGGGGCCGGGGAGCUGCGGGACUUGGUGCGCAACGUGGAGUGGGAGGUGCUGGGCAUGCCUGCCACCCGCAACGUGGUCACCUACGGCUGCUGCUCCGAGCCCUUCCCCGACGUCACCUACACCCUGCUGCUGCGCCGCAGAGCCUCCUUCUACAUCUGCAACCUGCUGCUGCCCUGCCUCAUGGUCUCCUUCCUGGCCCCGCUGGGCUUCUACCUGCCGGCAGACUGCGGCGAGAAGGUGUCGCUGGGGGUGACAGUGCUGCUGGCGCUCACCGUCUUCCAGCUGCUGGUGGCCGAGAGCAUGCCCCCCGCCGAGAGCCUGCCGCUCAUCGGCAAGUACUACAUCGCCACCAUGACCAUGAUCGCAGCCUCCACUGCCUUGACCAUCUUCAUCAUGAACCUGCACCACUGCGGGCCGGGGGCCAGGCCUGUGCCCCCCUGGGCCAGGAGGCUCUUCCUGCACCACCUGGCCAGGAUCUGCUGCGUCUCCGAGGUGGGCGAGAGCUGCAGGAGCCCUCGGCGGGCAGCGCGGAUGGGCAGGGGGCACCGGGGCGGGCCAGGGGAGAAGCCGCAGGGGGGGGGAGGCGGGCGGGGGGGGGGGCAGGGGCUUGCCCUGGGCCGCUGCCUGUGCCACCAGCAGGGGCUGCUGAGGAACGUCAGCUCCAUCUCCGCCUGCUUCCGCCGGCACCGAGCCGCGCAGCGCCGCGCCGGGGACUGGAAGAAGGUGGCCAAGGUGAUGGAUCGCUUCUUCAUGGGGGUCUUCUUCCUCAUGCUCUUCCUCAUCAGCCUGCUGGUCCUGGCCAAAGCUGCCUGACGACCCCCACGCCCUGACCUCAACCCCCUCGCCCCUUGCCUCUGCCAGGGACGGUGCUGGCCACCGAAGCCCCCAGGAGGGUGGCCUGGGCCAGCAGCUGUAGGGGUUGGGGCUCCAGCAGCUGUGGGCUGGGAGCUCCUCCAGCAGCAGGGAGCAGGAGCCCAGCAGUGGGACCUCGGCCACAGAUAUCUCCUGGGGGUGGCUCAGACCAAGCAGCCUUCAGAGAGCUGUAGGGUUGGAGCUCCUCCAGCAGCAGGGAGCAGGAGCCCAGCAGUGGGACCUCGACCACAGCUGUCCCAUGAGGGUGGUUUGGUCCAGCAGCUGUGGGCUGGGAGCUCCUCCAGCAGCAGGGAGCAGGAGCUCAGCAGCAGGACCUGUCCCAGCUUCAGGCUUGAGCAGUCCCAGCUCCCAGAGUGACCACACCAAGCUGUGGCCCCAGGUUCUCCCCUUCCCUGCACCCAAUAAA